AUGAUCCAAUACCCAGCGCCUACAGGUGGCGCCUCCCUCAUGUUAUGCUUCAAACCAACCGGUAAAUCUAUCCUUAUCGUAGGAUCAAACCAUCUUGCGGCCUCUCGGACAUUCUCAUCUCUCGAAGCGGACGCAAAAAUUGUCAUUGCGUCAUCCGCACCUCGCUCUGAGGCCUGUGGCGAGCUGCGAUGGAGAUUAGAGAACGGGCAAAUAUCUCAAUGGUUCAACUUGGAUCCUGGACUCGAUGGCGCAGAUAUUGCAGACCUGCUCGAUGAUCAUCUCGACAUCACUCUCGUUUGCAUAACGGAUACACUAGUGGGCCCUGAUACAAGAAACCGUCGUUCGUUUGCAUCUGCAUCUCUGAUAAAGCACAUAUGCGCCAAGCGGAGAGUACCCAUUACCGUCGCCGAUAUUCCUCCUCUUUGCGAUUUUGUUUUUCCAUCCACACACCGCUUCGACCUGAAAUCCUCUAAUCUGUCUUCUCAUCUCCAGAUUGGUAUCACUACGAAUGGAAGAGGUUGCAGGCUUUCCGGUCGCAUCAAACGCGACAUCGUAUGUAAAUUGAACCCUUCGUUCCCCGAUGCCGUAGAGAAAAUGGGUGAACUGCGAGAUAUGGCUAGGAGUGAACAGCCCCUUCCCAACGGAGCAGUCAUAGAUGAACUGGACAGGGAUGAUGACGCAGGGGCCACACCGCUCAAUGCACCCGUGACUCAGCUAAACACUGCUGUACUCGCUCAGGAGGGUCCAGCAGAUGUGGCCUCUAGGAGGAUGAGGUGGGUGUCACAGGUAAGCCAAUACUGGCCUGUGGAUCGACUUGCGUCGUUAGACAAGGAUACGAUGAGCCAAAUACUUGCUCAUUCCUUGCAUCACGCGAAUGGUGGUUCAGCGAAUGGCGAUGGGGUAACAUCAAGCCAUGCAGCUGAGCUGCGGACUCAAUCUCGGCAUGGCAUCCACCUCCCCCGCAUCAGACCGCAAGGGAAAAUAUAUCUCGUCGGCGCUGGGACAGGUCACCCUUCCAUGCUUACCGUUGGAGCAAAAAAGUGCCUAACCGAACUUGCCACACGCGUACUAUCCGACAAGCUGGUGCCGGCGGAAAUUAUUGCCCUUAUCCCAUCUCAUAUACCUGUAUACAUUGCCAAAAAAUUCCCAGGAAACUCAGAAGGCGCACAGAAUGAAUUGUUGAAUAUGGCUCUUGAGGGUGCGCGGAACGGUGAAGUCGUCGUGCGGUUAAAACAGGGAGACCCAAUGGUGUAUGGCCGAGGUGGCGAAGAAGUCCUCCAUUUUAGAAAGCAUGGUUUCGAACCGAUUGUCAUACCUGGUAUAUCCUCUGCGCUCGCAGGUCCUCGGGGUGUCUCUGAGAUGUUAUUAAUUGGUACGGGUGUAGGGCGGAACGGUAAAGAGGUUGAAUUACCAGGUUACGAGCGUUCCAGGACACUUGUUAUCCUUAUGGGCGUUGCGAGGUUACCGCAGCUCGUCGGGAAUCUCACGAAGCGUGCCGAUGGGGACGUGGGACGGAGAGCGAAGGGGGCUGGGUCACCAUACCCUGAUUAUUUACCGAUUGCAGUUAUCGAGCGGGCAUCUAGCGUGGAUCAGAGACUUGUUGCGUCGACACUUGAUGGGAUCGUAGAUGCUAUGGAACGAGUGGGAGAACAGCGGCCACCAGGGAUGAUGGUUGUUGGAUGGGCCGUCCUUUCCCUUGAAGGGGAAGGGGAUUUGACCGUUUUGGAUGAUGUGGCCAAAUGCAACGACGAUGAAGGUGUGCUGGAAAAGAGGGAUAUGGAAAGGGUAGAUAGGUGGCUUGGGGGAACCAAACAUGUUGUGAGGGACGGGCUAGGGAGUGCGUGGCAGGAAUUUCUGGAUUAG